CAGGACUACCUCAGAGAAACGCGCUCAGCCACUCACUCCGCACUCGCGCACCGACCUCACCCGCACGUGGACAGCGCGUCAAGGAGCGCGCGCGCGCGCGCACGGUGUUGAACAGCCAGCGGGUCCGGACGGGCUCGUGUCGCCUCAGCUGGAGGAGCUCCCUCUGCUUUUAUCCGCUUCUUUUAUUUCUUUCUUAUUUAAAUUCCGGUUCCUAAAAUGGGAUUCUGACAGCACCCGGGCUGCGGGCGCCGUCGGCUCCUCCUGACCGGAAAAUGAAGCGUCUCUGUCGGAGGCUGGCGGUGGCCGUGGCGGUGCUGGUGUGGCUGGGAGCGCUGGUUUACCUGCUGGUGCUGAGUCGGAGGAAGUUACCGGAGCUCGGUGCGGGAGCUGGAGCCGCAGCCGGAGGCGGAGAGACGGGGAAUAACCAGAUUUCCGAUGAGGAGUGGGAGGACAUGUUGGAGGGCUUUGAUGAGCGGAGUUACCUGAACGCUCGGCGCUGGAAGCCCGGCGACGAUCCGUACACGUUGUAUGCCUUCAACCAGAGAGAGAGCGAACGCAUCCCCAGCGACCGAGCACUGAGAGACACGCGCCACUACAGGUGCAGCGCUCUUCACUACGACUCAGAUCUUCCUGCAACAUCCAUCAUCAUCACCUUCCACAACGAGGCCAGAUCCACGCUGCUGCGCACCAUCAAGAGUGUGUUGAAUCGGACUCCAGUUCAUCUAAUCCAUGAGAUCAUCCUGGUGGACGACUUCAGCAACAACGAAAGCGACUGCCAGCUUCUCACCAAACUGCCUAAAGUCAAAUGUCUUCGCAACAACAAGAGAGAAGGCCUGAUCCGGUCCAGAGUGCGAGGGGCCGACGCUGCCAGGGCCAAAGUCCUGACCUUCCUGGACAGCCACUGUGAGGUCAACAAAGACUGGCUGCCCCCCCUGCUGCAGAGGAUCAAACAGGAUCCAACUCGUGUGGUCAGCCCUGUCAUCGAUAUCAUCAACAUGGACACCUUCGCCUAUGUGGCGGCCUCAGCGGACCUCCGUGGAGGGUUUGACUGGAGUCUCCAUUUUAAGUGGGAGCAGUUAACAUCGGAGCAGAAAGCACGCCGGACCGACCCGACCCAGCCGAUCAAGACGCCGAUCAUCGCAGGCGGGCUUUUUGUGAUCGACAGAUCCUGGUUCAAUCAUCUGGGGAAGUACGACACGGCCAUGGACAUCUGGGGCGGAGAAAACUUUGAGAUCUCGUUCCGGGUCUGGCAGUGUGGCGGCAGUCUGGAGAUCCUGCCCUGCAGCAGAGUGGGUCACGUCUUCAGGAAGAAACACCCGUACGUGUUCCCUGAAGGCAACGCCAACACCUACAUCAAGAACACACGGCGCACAGCGGAGGUGUGGAUGGACGACUUCAGUCUGUUUUACUACUCGGCCCGGCCGGCCGCACGAGGGAAGUCCUACGGAGACAUUCGAGGCAGAGUCGAACUUCGGAAGAAGCUCAAGUGCAAAUCCUUCAAGUGGUACUUGGACAAUGUGUACCCUGAGCUCAAGGUCCCAGACGAUUCGGACUCCCAGUCAGGUGUGAUCCGACAGCGGCAGAACUGCCUGGAGUCCCGUCGGGUCGAAGGUCAGGAGAUGCCUGUCCUCACACUGGGCCCCUGCACAGGAGCAGAGGGGGGCCCCACCAGCAGUCAGGAGUGGGUCUACACUCACGGGCAGCAGAUCCGUCAGCAGCAGCACUGCCUGUCGCUGUCGACCACCUUCCCUGCAUCGCAGGUCCUCAUGCUGCCCUGCAACAUGGCGGACGGGAAGCAGCGGUGGCAGAAAUCAGGGACUCACUUGGAGCACAUCGUGUCUCGAUUCUGCCUGGACUCGGAGAUGGCUCUGGACGGCAUGGACUCGUCCCGCAUGCUGGUCAUCAGCCCCUGCGAACUGAGCGCCUAUACACAGAGAUGGGAGGUUCCUUUCUCCUGACGUCGUGACCCUGGGCCUCCAGAAACCUGCUUUAUCACUCCGACUCUCCACCGGCGAGAGCUUUGGCCCGGCGCUCCACUUCCACUGGCCGGAGCAGCGGGAGCGACGUCGGCACCGAGCUGAAGAUUACCGCACAGAAACAUGAUGAAGACGAGUGGAAGGGCUGAAACAUGGUGGAAACAACAGAGGAUGCAUGGAAAACAUGGGUCAAAUUAAAGAGUUUGAAACUAAGUGCACCUUAAAACUCAAAGCUGGGCAGAAACUUUUCACAAUGAGGGAAGAAAAUAACGUCUGGUUAUUAUUUACAACAAACACGUUUCUUCUUCAAGCUGUUUAAUCAACAGAAAAAUGGAAAGUAAGCACAAGUCAUGGUUACCACAUAACUCGUCAUCAUUAACAGUGCAGAUGUGUUUCCUGUUGGAUUCAGCAGGAGACCUUGUCAAAAUAAAAGCCAUUCAGGCCGGGGGAUAAGUAUUCCAACAUUUAAUCUAAGUUUGAGAUUAUUUUACAUAAUGUAUUUUCAAAUGCAUUUUUCUGCAAGAACCUUAAACUCCAAACUAUGUGAAAGUUAGAACAAAUUAGCAUUUUAUUAUUGAUUCACCACUUCCUGUUUUGCCAGCACUUUAAAAUAAACUGGCUUGUUUUUGAAAAGGUUUUCUAGAUUUUUUUUUUGUUGUUUACCAAUUUUCUGGUACAGAUCAAACAUUUCAGGUUAGCUGGAGAUUAUCUUGAAAGAAACAUAAUGCUCUGAAGUAUUUCUGCAUCAUUGUGUAUUAAUGUCAGUUUGCAAGGUGCUGGCUUUUGAAGAAGUUGGGUCGUUCUCAUUAAAACAUCAGUCAAAAUAUAUAUUUUGACUUUUCAAACCAAAUAAUAUGUUGUUUUAUUGCCUGAAAGCUUUACAUGACCUAAUCUUCAUGUUGUUCCUUCAUUGCGUGCAGAUUGUUUCAUUCUUCACAUUAUCUACAUUCUCUGCAGAGAUGUUUCCUCUCAUGUAGCGACAGAAUCCCAGAUGUAAAACAUCUUGUAGGCCAAACAAAGGCUACAUUUUAUUUCUAGCCAAACUAACAGGAAACAGGUUAUUGCUGAUGAAAUGAAAUUCAAACCUUCAACCCUCGUGUCAUAUGAUAAUGUUCCCUGUUUUCCUGUUUUUGUCAUCCUGAGAAUCUAAACAAAGAUAAAGUUACUGCUGACCUAUAAAAGGUUCCUCCACUUCCCUCACUUUUUUUCUCACUUCAUCACGUGUUCGACAUCUGCAGCUGCAUCAUCUUGAUAUCCUCUCUGAUUCCUGAAUAAAGUUUUAUAAUUCCUCUUUC